AUGACAGGUGUCAAUUCGACCCCUACUAAACCAGCGGGGGAAACUCCCAGAUCACGACGAAAGAAGCGAAAAGCCAUCAGCUGUGAAGAAUGUCGACGCUCUAAGUUACGAUGCGAUCGCCAACAACCUUGCGGUGCUUGCAAGCGCCGUGGACGCGAUGCCGCCUGUUCUUUUGAGAGCCAGUCUACAGUUGGACAUGUAUCAACCAAUAGCGACCGAACACCUGCACACUCUCGGUUAUCAAAUGCAGUAAUUACUACGGUGGGAUCUCCGUCCACGCCUUCGACACAAACCGCAACAAGCAAUCCAGGCGUGCAGCCUGACGUGCCGUCUUCUGGGAUAAAUCAAUUACCCCCAGACACUCAUUGGGAAGCAGUUCUUGAAAGGCCAACCCCGGGAUAUGAUACUCAUGAAACAUUGUCCUUACUUUCAAUUGGCCCCCGGAUGGCAUUGCAAGAAAUAAUCGACUCUCUACCUCCGAAGCCCUGUUGCGACUAUCUAGUUUCUACAUUUUUCAAGAAUAUCUCGGCUCUAUUUCCCAUACUCCAUGGGCCGACUUUCCUGAAGCAAUAUACCACUUUCAUGCAACAGCCUUAUGACGUUGAUCUGGCUUGGCUGGCCUUGCUGUUCUCUAUCUGCUCUCUUGUUAUAAAUACUCUAGAUGCAAAUGAUCCCAGAUUGGUAUACAUCUGGCCACAGUCAGUUUCUACUCCAACACAGGCACCUUCGACGGUUUCAGCAUCACAUCGCCUUCUCCGGACUGCGAUGACUUGCCUUUCACAAGACCAUUUUUUUAUACGGCACAAAUUCAGCACAUUCGAGGCUUUGUUGAUGGUGAUAUACAAUCUUUCUCAUAAUGAAUCUGUCGACCAGGGAUGGGCAUUGCUAGGAAUGGCUCUGAAUAUUGGUAUUGCAUUGCGGUGUAAUGUGGACCAGAACCUAAGCCCUGUUGAGACUCAAAGACGACGACGAUGCUGGGCUGGUCUUUUAACACUGCAUACAUACCAAGGCAUACUGUUUCGCGAUGUCGAUAUGACCUAUCUCCUCAACAUCAAGGCUUCGCUCCCGGCAGAUGUCAAUGAUUAUAACAUCACAGACGAAGGCAUCUCACAGCCACCCAAUGUCGAUAAGCCCACACAGAUGUCAGUGAUGAUGGCUAAGGUCCGAAUUUUCCAACUUUCUACUCAGAUAUGUAGCCACAUAUCGGGACCUUUAAAGCUGGAUCAGCGACUAUUACGUGAAUUUGACACGUCGAUAGCCGAGGAGCAAGCAAAAUGGGACACAACAUGGAUGGUGGAUGGCUCUCCGAACAUAUUGGAAACGAAUAGUUUCGCAUACUGGUGUGUCCUGCAGACAUACGCGCAUCAUCUCUAUCUUCUUUUGCACAGGCCCUUUCACCACUCUAAAGGGCCUUCCUUCCUUCCAGCAUCCAGGAAUAAGUGUAUUGCUUCAAGUGCAGCCCUAAUGUCUCUCCAUCGGCAGUUUUAUGAAGCCCCUUUACUUCGAAAUUACAUAUGGUUGCUGAACGGUGUGACAAGCCUGAAAGCACUUCAUGCUGCUGUGGCGCUUAACUCCUGUCUUCAAGAUAUACCAUCUGCGGCUGAUAUAGGUUACGAUGUGGAAUCUUCCCGGUUGGAGUUGGACAAGCUGGUUCUUCGCAUGGAAGCCCUUUCAGAGCGAAGUAAUAUCUGUUUGAAAGCGCAUCGCAUACUCCGACAUUUACAGGUUCAGUCAGGUAUAGGAAAUCAUUCCACCGCCAACUCGGAUGUCCAGAUUGAACAAAUAUUCGAAGACUGGACUGAUAUACGAGAAUGGACAGAUGCAGGCUUAGUGAAUUGGAAUAUGGAUGGGGCUUUCCACAUAUUUACAGAUUGA